CACUGUUCAUGCGCACUGUUCACGUGAACUGUUCAUCCGGAUCUCUGUUAGUUCACAAUUCUACUCUUUUGCGCAACACGUUUGUCAUUCAAUUGUUGGUUCGUGGUAUAUUGAUCUAAUGAGGUAAGCUUAGCUCGUGAUUUGUUGAUUCUUGUUUUGCCGCUACUCUACUUUGGGUUCUGUUUCAUCGUAUAAUGGCUGGUAAGGUAGAUCUGUUGCUGGUUGUUAAGGGUUGGAUAUUCUAGUUGGUUGGUGCAUUGUUGAGAUUGAUUUGGAAUGGCUUCUAGUUCAGUUCCUGAUUCGGGUAGUCCUUUCUCUCGUAUCUUCGGUCAUGGUUUUUGGAAGUCCAGAAGAGAUGAUCGUAGUAGGUCUGGUUAUGGUGGCCCUAAUAUUAGCCAUGAUUUUGGUCGAGAUGGUCAUAUACUGGGUGAAGUCAGUUGCAGUCGUGGUUGUGGUUGUGUUCCUCGCCAUUGCACUUCUUGUAAUGGCAACAAUCAUAUGGUUGAAUAUUGUUGGGUAUCGUGGUCGGGUUUUUUGGCCAUGCUUUUGGUGAGCUUGGUGGUUGGUGGUUGUUGGUUGGUAAUUGAAGUUGGUUGUUAUUGGUCGUUGAAGUUGGUAGUUGAAAUUGGUUUUGUUGGUCGUUGAAAUUAUUUCGUUGAAUUCGUUCAUUGAUUCGUUGGUCGUUGAAAUUAUUUCGUUGAAGUCGUUGAAAUCGUUGAAGUUGAAGUCGUUGAAGUUGGUUGGUCGUUGAAGUCGUUUCAUUGGUUGAAGUCGUUAAAGUUGUUUCGUUCGUUGAAGUUGUUCCAUUGUUUUUAAACAAUUAGUUGUUUUUCGUUAUUGCUGUUAGUAGUUGAGGUAAUUGUUUCGUUGGUAGAUAUGUAACAAGCUGGAGAGUCUCCAGCUUGUGGGGGAGUGUUAGAAUAUAGUAUUGCUAUUAGUCCCACAUUAGUUAAUGUAGUCUUAUGUUAUGAUUUUCCAUUAUAUAAAUAAGAGUUGAUUGUGUUAGGGUUAGUGAACACAACACUCUAUACACUUUUCCUUCUUUCUCUCACAACAGUUACAAUGCAU